AAUUAAAAAACAUUGAAAAUUUGGUUAAAGAAAAAUCUAAGCGUGGAAUGGUUUCUGACUCGAUUAAAGUAAUUACAAAGGAUGGUAAUGAGACCUACGGUUUAUUAGUGCAAUUGGCGGGUCUGUCAAUGCAACGAUUAUUAAAAAAUGCUGCCGUAGAAUUGUCGCCAACAACGUCCAUAUAUGAUGUCGAUAAUGCUACUGACAAUCAAAAAUUGGAUACCCCUUCAUUAUCUGAUCCUCCUUUGUCGCCAAUGGUUCCAUCCCUAAAAAAAGGUCUUGAAGAGCAAAAGC